AUGAGCUUGCUGCCACCGUCGCAUCCCCCAUCAACGCCUGAUGAACCACCACAGCCAGAAUGGUUCUUUGAUACCCCACCCUCGUCAACGGAGCCUGAUGCUGUCGAGCCGACAGAGCAGAGAGAGGAAGAGAACGACGUGCCUGCAGACCAUCCUCUCCGCCGCCUCUUUGACCUAUCCGAUACGAAGCCUGAGUCGACAACACCGGCACGACCACAGCCGACGAAGUCCACAAGUACGACCACGGUGGCGUACACAGCGCCGACGACUACGACCCGAUCGACCGUCCCCAAGUCCAGCAGUGCAGGGUUUUCUGGGUCAGGCAGUACUCCCUUUCGAUUUGGGCUGGGCAGUCGCACCACGGAGACUGUCAAGCCGGCGCCCUCAACGCCCGCGCUGAUACAAGUCCAUGAAGCAAACGACGAGGCUAAAGCAGCGUCCUCUCUCAAUACGAGCCCAUUACCUGCACCUAUCACCUCGUCGUCCGUGUCAUCACUAAGCAUUUCGCCGAACAACGAAGUCAAAGCCAAUGUAUCGCAGCCUACGUCGCCGCAAUGGGAUGAGAAGAAAGAGGCGCCUACAAUGUCCCCUGUCCUCCGGCGUGUUGGCCGUAUUCCCAGUCAGCCCUUACGAGCGACGCCGCAAAGAACGUUACGUCAAGUUUCGUCGACGUCCUCGUUGGCUCAUGACACACCAACGACUCGAUCGCCGAACGAUGACGAUCGCACGUCUGAGGUGCAAUCGUCGCCGUCGAUGGCGUCUGAUAAGCACACAGGCCUGCGUACACCCUCAGCAUUGCAGCGUAUGCGAAGUCGGAGUGGGAGCAUGGCAGACCUACGCUCGCGCGGGGCAACAACCAAAGGCCUAUCACGCUGUGCACCGAAAUACAAAGAGGCAGAGAUGGAGUCAUCCACAAGUCCGCCAAGUGCAGGCACGCUCACAAGCUCUACUUCUAUGUCGGUGUUGCUGCCCUCCGUCGAAGAAGGAACGCAUGCGCCUUCGACGCAUCAGCGUCAACACCAUGGCGGCUCCGAUCCCACGAUGCUGACAUCAGCUACGGACACGAAUCCGCCCAAAACCAUUUUGCAUGGCCCACGCGAUAUGCCGUUAUCUCGCUCACGCGCUCUUCCGGACGAAAAUGGCAUGACGAGUGGGAAAGGUAUAAGUCCCCCCAUGUCGCCUGGAAUGCCCGACACGACGACCAUGUCAGCUCAGGACUUGUUCGGCCUAAGUAUCGAGGGAGAUCCAUGCAUGCCAUUUGAAGGACCUCCUCUACGUACGCUAGAUUACGCUACUCUCAUGCACCGGCAUGAUCUACACACAGAGAUGACCAACACGGUGCACGAUCUAUGCGCCUGGCUCGAUGCCCUCGCGCUGGGCUUGGAGCAGGUACUUCGACCGUCGCUGCUGUCAACACACCCACGUGGCCUAUAG